CCCGCGCUAGGUCGCGCACGGGCACGCCGAAGCCACGCCCACUUCCGGCCUCCGAGCCUCAGCAUGGCUGCUUUUCUCAGCAUGACUCUUCUCUCGAGUGUUCGGCGGCUGCACAGCAGCGCCACGGCUCGGGCGGGCGGUCAGUGGCGACUCCAGCAGGGCCUGCCUGCGAACCCCUCCGGCUACGGGCCCCUCACGGAACUCCCAGAUUGGUCUUUCGCCGAUGGCCGCCCUGCUCCCCCAAUGAAAGGCCAGCUGCGAAGAAAAGCUGAAAGGGAGAAAUUUGCAAGACGAGUUGUGCUGCUGUCACAGGAAAUGGAUGCUGGGAUACAGGCCUGGCAGCUCCGGCAGCAGAAGCUGGAAGAAGAGAGGAAGCAGAGAAACAUGCUGAAACCCAAAGGGGCUUCACCACAUGGCCCACCCCCAAAUCAAUAAAAGCAGAUCACACCGUCUUCUCUU